UACGUUUUGCGCAUGUGCUAGGUCAAUAUGGCGGAUCUUUUGACGAAAUUGUAAAAGUUUGUCGAUUCGGCAGAUUUUUUAUUGGUCACAGUUAUUUCCUAUCCUUCGUUUUUAUGUACGUGUAUCUGCCAUCCUGGAUCGACCGUACCAGCCUCUCUAUUGCUCAUUCACACAUCUGAACAUUGGGACAGGUGUGAAGACAGAGCCGUCUUAUUCCUCAGCUGAAAUUCUUUCGCCCCUAGCAGCCAGUAUGCCUCCUAGAAGAAAAAGAAAACCUUCAGAAGAGCAAAAUACAGUUAUAUCUAAAAAGAGUAGAAGAGACACAAGUGGCUCUAGAAGAAGAGGUACCACUAUGGAUCCAUUGAAAGAACCCUUUUCUAUAAAAAGAUGCCGCAUGUGGUUUCAAGAGUUUUGCGGCGAUACUGACAAUUUUUUAGGACCUGAAGGCAUGGAAAAAUUUUGUGAGGAUAUUGGAGUAGAGCCAGAAAAUAUAGUUAUGUUGGUGAUAGCGUGGAAGCUAGAUGCAAAACAGAUGGGUUUCUUCACAGCAGACGAGUGGAUGAAAGGAAUGACCUCAUUACAAGUUGAUUCUAUUGUCAAAAUUCAAGCCAAGCUAGAAUACUUACGUUCACUUUUAAAUGACCCAGUAUUAUUCAAACAAAUUUAUAGAUACGCUUAUGACUUUGCGAGAGAUAAAGAUCAACGGAGUAUGGACAUAGACACAGCCAAAAUAAUGUUAUCACUACUUUUAGGAAAACAUUGGACGCUUUUUUCUAGCUUUCACCAAUUUCUUGAGCAAUCCAAAUAUAGAGUGAUCAAUAAGGAUCAGUGGUGCAAUAUUUUAGAAUUCAGUAGAACCAUCAACUCAGAUCUUAGUAAUUAUGAUGAAGACGGUGCAUGGCCUGUCAUGCUAGAUGAAUUUGUGGAUUGGCAACGGACAAAAACAACAUCAUAGUAAAUGCUUUUUGUGUUGUGUAUAUAAUAUAUAUAUAUAUAUGUUUGUGUGAUUGGUUUCCUAUAACUAUAUGCUUCAAUUGAAAUGCUGCAAAAUUUAUCCAUGAUGAAAGUAUCGACUGCAAAUGAAAAAGGACUAACAUGGUUGCCGAGCAUUCUCAUCAAGAUUUUUAUUUAAUCCUGUGUUCCGUUAUUGGAGAAGAAAUAUAUAUAUAUGUUACUUGCCUAUGAAGAUGCCACCGUUGAACACACAGAUUGUGUGAGGAAGGAAAAUCUGCCUAUAUGCAUCACAUUUCUUUGUAGAGGGAACAAUAGAUAGUACCGUAGCUAUAGCAAUGUGAUUGCUGAUUAUUUUAUUAUUGUACCAUGAAGAUUGCUGUAUUAAAGUAAAAUCUGUCUAAACUGGUACCUUCGUUAAAUUUUUGUUUGCACUCCUGUCACCAUGGUCUCUGUUGUUAGUGUGAGAAUAAGGCAAAGUAGGCACUUGUACACUACCGAUAACAUUGACCCUAUUCUUUUAAAUCUUUAAACUGAUUAAACGUUUUUUGAGGCUUAUUUUGUAAAAUUCUUUUUUUUUUGCUUCUUCAUUUUGUUUUUGUUAUAAUAUAACAAAAGUUUCUGUUAGUAUUACAACUUCAGUACUGUGUAUCAAAUUGGUUUCACACUGCAAAAUACAGAGCAAUAUCACUUGACACAAUUCAUUUUUGAUCGGGAUGUUCCUAAAUUUUUAAUUUAAUUUUAAAUAUUUCCUAUAUCUGUUUCAUACCUUCACUACCGUCAGCACAUAUGAGUAGAAAUGCAAUGUUUUUCAUUUUCUUUUGAAGAGAUUUGUAGAAUCGUGAUGUUCACUUGUUUGGACACCCAGAAUUUUUUUUGUAUCUGAAUGAUCGUUUACAAGGUUAGAUACAUGUACACUUAGCAAUUGCUUAAUAUAUAUUCUCAUUUUUUUGGUGAUCAAUUAUUAGACAGGUGUAACUGGAUUCUGGUCACCUGUUUAAGAUAGUUUUAAGAUAAAUAUUUAUGAUAUCUUUUCCUAGUUUGAUGUUUGACUGAUUUUAGUAUUGUACAUGUCAUUGUUUACCAAACUCAUUAGUAACCAUCAUCUUUUCCUUUACACUGGAUGUAGUUCUUGUCGAAGCAACAUGAUUUGUUUCUCUGUAGUUGUUGAAAAUAUACGUGAUACUUUUUUUUAAAAAACUCAAGUAUUUUUUUUUAUUCUGAAUGCUAUGAAUGCUAAAUACUAAAAAUGAAAAAAAUUUUGUUUGAAGAGGCACAUUGGGACAUAGAAAUGCUUGUAAUCAUACACCGAAAGGAGACCGAGUGUCAAGGUCAAAUUUUUAAAAAUUCCCUUACCCGAGGGCACUAAGGCAUUUGCAUUUAGGGCACAAAGGCAUUUGCAUUUUAUGCCUCUGUGAAGUUUAGCCUGCAUACAUGUAUAUACUUCAAUCAAUGGCAUACAGUCAGGGAUCGAUUAUAUCGCAUGCAUUCAUUUAUUUUGGUUCGGGACUAUUGUGUGAAAUAUUUCGUCUGAAUUCGCAUGAAGUAUAGGAAACCUGGAAUAAAUUUUUGCAUUUCAAUGCUUUGCAGCAUACUUAAAUGCUCUGAUCGUUUUGACUUUCUAUAUGAUUGUGUCCGAAUUUCUUUUGCUAGCAAUUUUGAAUAGUGUACCAAUGAAUUUGGAUUCACUUCUGUUCUAAAUUACCUGCGGACAAGGCAUACAAAUUCAGGCAAUCAAAUAUGUCGCAUAAUAGUCCAAAGAAUUCAAUACAGCUCUUCUCUGACUGAACUUACUGCAAGGGGAGUCUCCCAAGGUGAAUAUUUCUGUUUGGAUUUUUUUUGUUGCUAGCGAGUUCACUGAAAGGUAACAACAUAAUCAGUAUGUGUAUUUUAAUCAUUUUGGUUUGCAACCAUCAGCUUUAUUUUCUGGUCCAGUUGUAAUAAAUUAUAUUUGAAUUGUGUACACACAAACCAAAGAGGAACGAAUAACUACCCAGUAUAUACUUUUUGCUGAUCAAAAGAACAUAUCAUUUAUAACAAUUACAAUGUACUUUUACGGUAUAAUAAAAUAAUUUUACACUAUUGCAA